AUAAAAUGUUAAUAAUAGAAGUUUUACCAGAAAUAUUUCUUUCUAUAAUUGUUGAUUAAUAAAAUUUUAUAGGAAAAAAAAAUGGAGUCUAAUGACAAAGAAAAUAAUUGUACUUGGUCACUUAAUACUAAAGGAUCAUCGUCUCAUAAUCAUGAAAAGCACUUACCAGAACCUCCGAUUCUCGACACUAUCCUUGAUCAUAUCGGAAAUACUCCGCUUGUGAGAAUUAAUAAUAUCACGAAAUCAGAAGGAAUCGAAUGUGAAAUAUUGGCAAAAUGCGAAUAUUUCAAUGCUGGUGGAUCUGUAAAGGAUCGUAUUGGUAAACGUAUGAUUGAUGAAGCUGAGAAAGCAGGAAUACUUAAACCAGGAUAUACAAUUAUUGAGCCAACUUCUGGAAAUACCGGAAUUGGUCUUGCAUUAGCGGCUGCUAUCAAAGGAUAUCGAACAAUUAUUACUCUUCCAGAAAAAAUGAGCCAGGAAAAGGUUGAUGUGCUUAAAGCUCUUGGAGCAGAAAUUGUUCGUACACCAACUGAAGCAUCAUAUGAUUCACCUGAAUCACAUAUUGGAGUUGCUAAAAGGCUUAAUAAAGAGAUUCCUAAUUCUGUGAUUUUGGAUCAAUAUUCUAAUCCAUAUAAUCCUAUAGCUCAUUAUGAUCAUACAGCUGAAGAAAUAUUAAGUUCUUGUGAUGGAAAAGUUGAUGUAUUUGUAGCAGGAGCAGGAACUGGAGGAACAAUUACAGGAGUGGCUAGAAAAUUGAAAGAGAGAUGUCCUAAUGUUAAAAUUAUAGGCGUAGAUCCCGAAGGGUCACUUCUCGCAAAUGGCCAUUCAUCAGUUUGUUCAUAUCUCGUUGAAGGAAUUGGAUAUGAUUUCAUUCCAGAAGCACUUGAUUGCUCUUUAGUUGACGAAUGGAUAAAAUCAAAUGACAAAAAUUCUUUCAUUUAUGCACGUCGUUUAAUCCGUGAAGAAGGAAUUCUUUGUGGUGGAUCAUCUGGUUCAGCAAUGUGGGCAGCAAUUCAAGUUGCAAAAUCUCUCAAAAAAGGACAAAGAAUUGUUGUGUUGUUUGCAGAUUCCGUUCGAAAUUAUAUGACAAAAUUCUUGAAUGAUGAUUGGAUGAAAGAACACGGAUUUAUUGAUGAUGCUACUAAGAAAGAGGAAGAAAUAAAAAUUCAACAAUGGAAAGGAGCUACUAUUAAAGACCUUAAUUUAAAAGUAGCUGUCACUAUUGAUUCAAGAGCAUUUUGUAGAGAAGCCAUUGAAAUUCUUGAAAAAAAUGGAUUUGAUCAAUUACCAGUUACUUCUUCACCUAAUAAAAAAUUAGUUGGAUUAGUUACUCUUGGUAAUUUGUUGUCUAGGAUAUCUAAAGGAAGAGCGACUCCUGAUUCUCCUGUUAAAGAUGUAAUGUUUAAAUUUGUUAGAGCAAAGAAUUUCGAAGAGAUUGCACCAGAUACACCCUUGGAAAAAUUAACUAGGUUCUUUGAGAAGCAUAGUUCGGCUGUUGUUACUGAAUAUACUAAUGAUGGCGCGCUUGUUCCAAAACAUGUUGUUACUAAAGUUGAUCUAUUAUCUUAUUUAGUUAAAAACUAAAGUUAUACGUUGGAUAAUAUAAUUUUUUUAAUAUUUAUCAAUUUAAACUUUGAUUAAGUUUUUUUAUGACACUUUUUAGGAAAUACAUUAUUUAUACAUAUAAUUUUAAUAAACUGUUAUUAGUAAAUCCUUAUAAAUUAUGGAGUUGUCGGUUGUUAUUUUAUGGCUGAAAUUCUGGCGGGGUAUUACAAAAUUAUGAAUUAUUUUUUUAAAUUGGUAAAGCGAAUCAAAGUUCUUUUCAAGUUAUUUCUUAAUUAGUUGGUAACAAUACAAAAUUAAUUAUUAAUGCAGAUUGUCAUUAGUUGAUUUAGCAGAUAGAGCAAUAAUAGAUCAUAAUUGCUGAACUAUAGCAUUAUAGAAUAACAAGUUAGAUGCUAGAAUUAUAAUAUUCAGCUACUUUUUAAGUAAAAAUUGUUUUUAUGAUUUUGUAAUAAACUUACU